AUGGAUCAAGGUACGAUUCGUAGCACGCGCUCCAAACCAACGGAUUCGUCAGCAUGUUCAGGACGAACGAGCCAAAACCAGAUGACGGCCAUGCUCGUCUUGUCCACCAACACUUGCUGUUCGUCCUAUGCUGGUGGCGCCAGAUAUUGUUCACCGCAAUCACCUCUAAUGCAGCGAAACGCGGUUGUCCAUCAGGGUAAACGCAUUCCCAUGGAAGGUAGGGAACAGGACUUUUGGACACGAGGGCUACAACAGCUGAGAGCAGUGGCCAAACGAGAGCAAAGACGACCCAGUAGCAAAGUAGACGGCACAAGACUACGUCCGACCACCGGAGCCUGCAGGGCAACUGGCGUUGAUAUCCUGGCUUAA